AUGCGCGUGCUGGGGCUGCGGAGGCUCACCGCCGGAUGUGUCCUCGUCCCCCCGCAGCCCGACAACGAUCGCUUCCACGGCGAGAUCGCGCGCAUUCGGGCCUCCCUGCCGGAGGAGGUGCGGGGCCACCCGGAGUACACCGCCAACAACCACAAGCAGUGGGCAGCGUACUUCCAAUGCCGGCAUGAGGAACAGCUGGCCUCCACCAACAACGGGCCGGUGAGGGGGGUCCACAACACCGACAGCCACCGCCCGUGGUGGGGCGUCCCCGGGUGCACGCUCCACUCCGUCCUCGAGCACCUCGAGGGCGGCAACGAGCCGCCAUUCGAGUACCCAGCGACCCCGGAACCGGAUGGCGACCAAUGCAAACGUAUUGUGCAGUCAAGGUGUAUGGAAUCGUCUGAUGUACAAGGGACCUCUUCCUUGCCUGAUCGGGUGAAAGAUGAGCAAAUGGAGACCCCUCUAUGUCCAUCAAAGCAGCUGCCGGAUGCACACCCCAUCAAACCAAACUUAGAGCCUUGCGAGAACUCACUGUCACCAGCUCCAGAUGCCAGCGAAGAUUGUGAGACCACCCCACUCUCCUGCAACCACCCCUUCUUCACCGUCAUUCUGUCAAGGUCUCAUGUUCAGAAGCCGUUUCAGCUGUACAUUCCAGGUCGCUUCCACAAGCACCUCCCGGAGGAGCGCACUUCCGCCACCCUCAUCUGCCGUGGGAGGUCAUGGGCCAUGCGCUACUGUGGUGACUUGAAGACGAAAAGGCUGGAUGCAGAUUGGAUGGACUUCGCUGUCGACAACCGGCUGCAGGUCAGCGAUGCCUGUGUCUUCGAGCUUGUGACUGGCACCAGAGAGGAGGUGGUGUUCCAGGUACAGAUACUACGCGGCGGCCUGCCGAAGGAUAUCACCUCUAAAGGUUACACCGCCGACGAGCCUCUGGUCAUUGUGGGUUAG